UUACUCUCUGCCUCAGUGCACGCGUGUGUUCGGAGGGUCUGUGGCAAAGCGUUUAUUUUAGGAGCUGCACGAAACGGAAGAGGAGAUCGGAAGAAGAGAAGACACCAGUGAGCAGCUGAACCCUAAUGGAGGUACAUUAAGCGCAAGGUUGAGAGUGUGACGCUGUGAAAGAAGACAGGAUAACUUGACACGGGCGAGGACGACAGACAGAAGGUGAGGACAUGGCUGAAGCACCGAUCCAACCUCGACAACAAACAGAAGAAGAAGAAGAGCAGCAGAGUGAGGAACAGCUGAGCUCUGAGGCCGAUGACGACGUCGAAGACCCGAAAGAAGACGCCCAGACACCCCCGACCCGACCUCUGCUCUCCAUGAGGUCAUUGAGCAUCGUGGACCCCGAUGACGACUCCCCCAACAUGAUUGUCUACAGAAAGAUUGAAGACAUUGUUACUCUUAUCCAGGAUGAGAUAGAAGGCGUUCCCAUCAGGACAGUCAAAAGUUUCAUGACCAAAAUCCCCAGUGUCGUCACCGGUACAGAUAUUGUUCAGUGGAUGAUGAAGAAUCUUUCGAUUGAAGACCCAGCUGAGGCGAUGCACAUCGGAAGCCUCAUUGCAGCGCAGGGCUACUUCUUCCCCAUCUCUGACCAUGUCCUCUCCCUCAAGGAUGAUGGUACCUUCUAUCGUUUUCAGGCACCGUAUUUCUGGCCGUCUAAUUGUUGGGAGCCUGAAAACACAGACUAUGCCAUCUAUCUGUGCAAGCGGACCAUGCAGAAUAAAACCAGGCUGGAGCUGGCGGAUUAUGAGGCGGAGAAUCUUGCUAGGCUACAGAGAGCCUUUGCCAGGAAGUGGGAGUUCAUCUACAUGCAGGCUGAGGCCCAGGUCAAGAUUGACAGGAAAAAAGAUAAAACCGAGAGGAAGAUCCUUGACAGCCAGGAGAGAGCCUUCUGGGAUGUCCACCGGCCCGUGCCUGGAUGUGUGAACACCACGGAGAUGGACAUCAGGAAAUGCAGACGCAUGAAAAAUCCCCAUAGAGUUAAGAAGUCAGUGUAUGGUUUGGCAGAGGAGGGCACCCAGUCACGAAGUCCAAUCCAUACUCCCUCUCACCACUCUAGAAAGGGAACAAAGGAGGAUGUGGAGAAAGAGAUCUUAUUCCUGAAUGCCCAGCUCGAUCGGCACUGUAUGAAAAUGUCCAAAGUUGCUGAAAGUCUGAUAAGCUACACUGAGCAGUACCUGGAGUACGACCCCUUGGUGACACCACAGGAGCCGUCUAACCCUUGGACUAGCGAUGACCAAUCCUUCUGGGACUUGGAGGCCAGCAAGGAGCCUGGUCAGCAGAGGGUGAAGAAGUGGGGUUUCUCCCUGGAGGAGGCUCUGAAGGACCCAGCGGGACGCGAUCUCUUCCUCAAGUUCCUGGAGUCCGAGUUUAGCUCUGAAAACCUUCGCUUCUGGUUGGCAGUGCAGGACCUCAAGAGAAUCCCACAGCAGGAAGUAGUACAGAGAGCGGAGGAAAUCUGGGCCGAGUUCCUGGCCGAAGGAGCUCCCAGUUCCAUCAAUCUGGACUCUCACAGCUAUGAACGCACAAGCCACAACCUCAAAGAUCCUGGACGCUACAGCUAUGAGGACGCACAGGAUCACAUCUACAAACUGAUGAAGAGUGACAGCUACACUCGCUUUCUGCGCUCCAACGUCUAUCAAGACCUGUUGAACUCAAGAAAGAAGUUGGAAACCGAGCAGGGCCGACGGACCUCACUGGAGAAGUUCACGCGCAGUGUGGGCAAGUCGUUGACCGGCAAACGUCUGACGGGCCUCAUGCAGUCAUCCUGACCAGAUCUGAGUUGGAUUCUCUGUACCCAAAGGACCCUGGCAUGUGUGGUUUUGUGCGGGAGGCCAUGACGGCGCCCCACCGCUGGACUGGACCGCCAACGUGGUCGUGACUCUCCCCAGAGGAGUUAAAGAAGGCCGACAGCAUGCAAUAAAUCAUCCAAGCUGGGAGAACAGAUUGACAGUGCGGAGGGCACAGACAAAAAAAAAAAAAAUACAAAAGUAAGCAGUCAAAAAAGUGGGACUCGUCCAAUCCACCUGACUGGGUUCUUUCUCCACUCGUGUUUCUAUGGCAGCGAGCUGCUGAAGCCAUCCAUUUACUUUAAUUGAUGUAAAGAAAAUGAACAUUGGCUGACAACUUAAUAAGAUUAAUGCUGGAGUUAGAACUUCUAUGGAUGGAUGGACAGGGAAAAUAUUCAGGAUGACUGCCCACUCUUGAGUACACCUGCUGGAACAUUGCACAAAUGGUGAAGGUUACAAAUUCAACUCUGUAUGGUGACUCUACAAAAACGCAAACAGUAAUACUUCAAAUGAUACAUGCGUAAAUAUUUUUUUCCAAUGUAUUCCAAUCUUCUAAACAUUCCACCUCAUGCAGAUACAGCUUCAAAUGUAGUGGGCAACUCUAUAAGCAUUAUCUUAUGUAAAAAAAAAAGAAUGAUAAUAAAAGAGGAAUGCACA